AUGGGGUGCAGCGCAUCCCCCGCCAGGGUCAAGGCCAGGCCGGCGCCGGCGACGGCCCCGGGCCAGAUGUCCCACCUGUCGCCCAGAGCGUUGCGGGCCAGGUCAGCGUCCGGAGUCGCGUGCACGGCGGCUUCCACGCCCCAGCCCCACCCCGUCACCACCCGCAGCGCCUCCUCCCGGGCAGAAGCCCGGGCAGAUGCCUUUGUGGAAGGGGUGUCGUAG